AUGCUAGCAACCCGAGCAUUCUCAGCUCUGGUGGUGGGCUUCUUGUCAUCCAGCUCGUUGGCCUUACAAAUACGCCAAUCCGAAGUACCUAAAGACCUUGUACAGCGUGGUCUUGCAGCCAUUGGCAUCAACUCCAACACGUCGGAUGUGCGCAAUGUGAGGAUCAGUGGCUCUCAAUUCCGCACCAAGUCUAUCGUCACAACGAUAGCCCUGGAUGGCAUGGACCAGACAGUCGUCCCAUACGGUAGCCAGACGAUCACGUAUUCGUACGAGACAGGCAGUCUGAAGCAGCGCAUUGACAAGGUUUCUGGCUUAGGGACUCUUUGGAUGUUUGCCCGACCUGAACUCGAACCUAUGGACUACUCUGUAGUAGUACAAGGUGGUGAUGACGCGUUUGCUGCUGUGGUCAGGGGAAGCUAUGCGCUUUUUGACCCGACGGCUGCUCCAGAAGGCUACUUGGAUGGAUAUCUCGCGGCGUAUAUGAUCUCCGAUGGUCAAAAGUGGGAUCCGUUGCUGCUAAGCAAGAUCUCUGCAAAUGACUCCACUCUCCGAUUCGAGCCGGUGGAAGGGGGCUUACUACUCCCAGCAGUGUUUGACCAAGCACUGAACAUGUCAAUCAUCUUCAACCCCGACACUUACCUACCCUUCGCUAUCCGCACAUACGAAGACCAUCCCUUUUUCGGUCCUUCGACGAACGAUCUCCGAGUAUACGACUUCGUCUCAGUUAACGGCCUCAUGAUACCCCGUCACUACAAGACCAUGUACAACAACGAGCGCUUGUGCAUCGACUUCCUUGCAGACGAAAUAUCAGUCAACACUGAAGUCGAGCCAUCGUUCUUCGAUGUCUCCGUCGAACGCGGCGAACUGAGCAUUCCCGUCGUUGACCCCGCCCUGACUGCUGAGAUCGGUGAGAAGUACACGAAUUACAUCUGGUUCGGUCGGAACAACUUCACAGUCGAGUCGCUCAGUGGAUCGCAACCGUACGCAGAUCUACCCGGCGUCUGGGUCGUCCGACCACCUGGUGUAUCCGCGUACCGCCAGAUCCUGCUUGAAACUGACACCUAUGUUGCUGUUCUGGAUGCUCCCGCUGAAAUCGUGGCGGUCUUGCUCGAAUGGGUCAGGAUCAACAUUGGAAAGCCAGUGUCGCAGGUGUGGCCUACGCAUCAUCAUCACGACCACGCUUUCGGUGUCAAGGGCUACGUCCAGAACGGAGCGGAAAUCGUCUGUCCUAAGAUGGCUGAGUCGUACUACGCCGAUAUCCCCGGCGCCAAGUUCGAAACCUUUGAACGCGGAGCGCCACACAUCAUGGAGACCAACGGUUUCAGGGCCACGUUCAUCCACAUUGAAGGCAGCAUUCAUGCCCAAGACCAUAGUGUCGCCGUCAUCAUGCCUGCUUGUCCCACCGAGGACAGCACAGUCGUUGUGUUUGAUGCCGAUCAUGUCACCCAAGCGCAGUUGAUGGCAACACACAACGACCAUAACGAAAUUGCUCAACUGGUCAACGCUAUGGUGAAGCACCGGGUAGCGAAGUCAGCGGUUCUAGUCUCUGUUCACGGUGACUUGGCCAACAUGACUGAUGUCUAUGACGGGAUUGGUUACUUGUUUCCCGACUAUACGCCAUUUGACUUUGAGUACCGCGGCGACAAUUGUACCGUUUGA